UUUUGUCCCCUUUUUGGUCCCUAAUCGUCGCUGAUCUCUGUUUUUCUGGUACUUUAUGGGUUCUUCUUUGUCUAGAACUCGAGGUGAUUCUGGGGUGGGAACUUCUGGUCAAAGAAUCCCCGAUUCCAACUGUGAUUGGGGAUCCAAGUGCAACUGUCCCAAUAACGAGCAUUCCUACUCCGCCGAAUAUAAAAACAAUCUGUAUUUGGCCCAAAAAGAAAAUACGAGUACUCGAAACUAUUUGGAAGAAUGGUUUCGGAAGAGGGAAGUGGAGCCAGGAGAGGAGGUUGAGUCAAAAUAUGACGAUCGGAAACCCACUCCCUCAGAUCUGCGUUUUUUCGGUGAAGGAGAUUCCGAUGAGGAACCAAGUGGGUCUGAUUCAUUUGAUCUGGUGUAUGUUGGAGAGUGUGAAAAUGAGAAUGGUGAUGCUGUUGGGUCUCCAGGACAACUUUCAUCUGGUUAUCCCUCCUCAAAGAAAGGAGAAAAGGGAAAAAAAUCGGCUUCAGCAUCUGAUGAUGCUUAGAUAACAGGUACACCAAAAUUUCAAGCCUCAAUUCAUUAUUUAUUCUAGGAGUCCUAGGCUUAUGAUGAUCUGUUCUGGGUGUUGCUGUUUGAUGAUGAAUUGGUGAUGCAUUUUCUGAUGGUGGUGGAAAGUUCAAAUCAAAAAG